AUGAACAUUUUUUCAGAGAGAUCUUCAUCUAUAUAUACAAAAAGAAACUUUAUAUCUGAAUGUUAAACCCCUUCAAAAGAUUCUAAAGGAUAUAUUUCACUUUCUAAAUAAUUAAAUAUGCCUAUAACCUAAAUUUCAAAGAAAACAACAUCAAAUUAAAGAAAAAAAAUAAAGUUAUUUGAUUCACCUCAUCUAAAUGAUGACACCUUUACAACUUUGAGUAAUAAUUAAUCAAAAAAUGAAGUGGAUAUACUUUCAAAACUAAUGAAUUGGGAAAAAAUGCAUUUAAAUCAAUAGUAAUACACCUCUAAACAUUACAAUGAUUUAAAACCUAAAACAGAAUAUUUAAGAAAUCAAAAUCCAAAAUUUAUAGAUAUAAAUUAGAAAGAACAUGAGAUUUAUAUAGAUAAAUGUAAAACUUAAAAAUAAGCACCUAAAUCAUAAUUUAUACCUAAACAAGUUCAAUUAGAAGUUUAGUUAGAUGAUAUGGAAUCAAUUUAAAUGGAAAAUUUAGGUCCUCAAUAUGCAUAAACAAAUCAAUAAUAAUUAAAUUAAUAUAUAAUCUCCAUAGCGAAAACAACUAAUAGAAUUCUACCAAGUAUAUUUAAUUGUAUUAAAUUAGAGAUUUAAUUACCUGAUAAAAAUAAAAAAAAUAACAUACUGCCAAAUCUCAAUCGAUAAAACAGAAUUUAUAGUGUUUUAAAUGAUUUGCAACUUCAAUAAAUGUUGGAUAAAGAUGAUUCUAUAGAUAAUAUAACUGAGCAAUAAUAAUUAUUGUUUCGUAAGAGGAAAACAUAAUAAAAAAAGAGUAUGUUAAGAAAAAGAAUUAUUGUUGUAUUAGCAGUUAUAAGGAUUUCUAAAAAAUAUAGGUAUUAAUAAAUCUUAUAAUACUAGAGUAAUAUUAAAAGAAAGAGCUUAAAAAACAUAAAAUUUAGAUUAAUAAAAGAGUGUGCAUUAAAAAUAUCUUGAUUAAUUUAGAACAAAAAACCUUUAAUAUCAUUAAAAAGACUUUGCAGAUGGAAUAUUUAAAAAAUUGAAUUCAAUCCUUCUAGAUAAAAAAUACAUUAAAGAAUGUGAAUAAAUUUCAAGAUUACAAGAUUUUAUAUAAAAAGAUAUAAAAAAGUAAAGAUUUUGUUAAUUCAUUUCUUUAUUUUUAUAAUCUUUAGAAAUUGCAACAAAUUAAAAUGUUUUACCACCAGUAAUCGUACAUCAACUUAAUUUAAAUUUCUUUAAAACUAAUAAUACUUAAUCAUGUUUAUUUGUUUUAAAUAGAGCUUGUUAUUAUUCAACUCUAAUAUAAAAAAUAACUAAAAAAUAAUAAUUAUUAAUAGCUACAGAAUAUUUGAUAUUCUAAUUAGUCAUUCCUAAUAUUUUUUAAAUUCUUAAAGAUAUGAAAAUAAAGAGUGUAGAACAUAAUAAUUAAACUUUAAGUUAUUUAACUGCUUUAACUGAAAUGGUUUAAAUGUUUUUUGUAGAUUAUUUUAAAUAAUUAGAGAAAGUAAGUAGUAAAAAUGUAAAACCUAUCUAAAGAAUUUUGUAGUUAGAUAUUGAUGACAAUUCAGGUAUUGCAAAUUCUGAAGUCAUUAUUACUUCUAAAAUUAAUUAAGAUGAAACUAUUAUAAUAGAAAAUGGUUUCGAUAAAUCAAGUAUUAAAGAAUUACAAAGUUGUAAACCCUAUUGGGAUGAAAAAAUGAAAUCUAGAUUUAUUAAAAUCAUUUCUAAUAUUGAGAAACAUAUUUUGAUUAAAAAUAAUUGA